AAACCCUCCCGCCGGCCUCCAUUACCGGCGACUGCCGCUUCUUCCGAAUCGGGAUUCAGUUAUAUCAACCGUGUUACCGCCGCUUCUCGUUUUCAUCCACCGACUCGAAGCCGACAUUAUCUUCCCAGUCAUAGCGGGACGGUUGAUUCAUAUAGGUUGGGCUUAUCUUUAGGUGACUGGGGGUUACAAACAUCCAUUGCAAAGUGGACAUUCUAACAAAAGAUAAAUUUUUUUUGGUCUGAUUACUCUCAGGAUCUGGUGCAAUGUUGGUCGAGAAAACCAAAAAAUCCAGGGAUAAUGGCACUCGAAGCUUCCAGAAAGAUAAAGAAUCUAUGGUCAAGAAAAGAAAGAGAUUCAGCUCCCGCAAUAAGAAGAAAAAGGAUGAAGCUAAUGAGAAAAGGCCUCGGCGCGGUCCUCAUUUGCCAAAUGCUUUGAAAAGGGAACUUGAUCAACUUAAGGAUCGGGAUAAUGAGGAGCUUUCAGACGGUGAUCAAGAGAUUGAUUCAGAUGAUGCAAUUGACCAUGAUGUAUAUGAAUAUGAAGAAGAGAUUCCAGAGGAGGAAUCCAAGAAGAACAGGCGGUAUGACACUGUUGAAAACUAUGAGUAUGAGCUUCCUAAAGAUUUUGAGGAUUGGAAGGUUGCAUCUGAUGAAGGCGAGGAUGAAGAUGAGGAUGACAACUCUGAUGGCAAUGAAUUUGAAGACAAAGAUGCUGGCAAGCAUGCAAAAAUGUUGGAAAAGAUUACUGGACUUCCUAGUGAUGCCUUUGAAGGUAGAAAAAAGAAAGACUUCAUCAUCUCUGAGGCUUAUCCAGAGUCUGAAUAUAAUCCUAGCAGUGAUGUUCUUGAUGGGGAUGGUCGAAUCAGCAUGCAAGACCUUUUGGACCAGCUGCAUGGAAAAUCUGGUUUCAGCAAAGUUCGGAAAGAUAUACACCGGAUGCAGAAAAAGUCUAUGCCCACACUUGCACCGCUCCCCAAGCCAGAACAAGAACGGUUGGAGCGAAAGGCUGCUUAUGAUCUAUCUAAGAAGGAUAUUACCAAGUGGGAACCUUUGGUUAAGAGGAAUAGAGAAGCACCAACUAUGUUUUUUGAUGAAGAUGUUGAUCUUGGAUUUUCAACUAUAGGAGCAAUUGCUUCAGAAUUUAAACCAAGAACUGAUUUUGAGAAGAAAAUUGCUUCCUUAGUCACCCAUAAUGAAGUUGUUGAAGCUCACAUCAAAGAUGGUGCCCGACUUCUUGAGCUGAACAAGAUAUCCAUCGAAGAUGUGAAGAAUAGACAGCAAGAGCUUGCUAAAAUGCGUAGUUAUCUUUUUCACCAUGAGAUGAGGUCAAAAAGAAUUAAAAAAAUAAAGUCCAAGACCUAUCACAGGGUGCUGAAAAAGGAACAAAGGAAGGCAGCGGAAGCAGCAAUUCAAAUGGAUCCAGAAGCUGCAAAGGAGAUGGCAAUGAAGCAAGAAUUUAAAAGGGCUGAGGAACGCUUGACUCUAAAACACAAAAACACCUCCAAAUGGGCAAAACGAAUUCUACAGCGUGGUCUCAAAGUCCAAGAUGAAGCAACCCGAGCUGCUCUUGGCGAACAACUUAAUCAACAUGCUGCUUUAACUAGAAAAAUUAAGUCUAUGAAAGAAAGCAGUAGCAGUGGUGAGAGUACUGAUGAAGAUGAUGAAAGUGAUGGCAUGAUGGGUGAUUCAGACCAAGAUGUUAAAUUGAAACGAUUGGAGAGGGCCAAGGAGAAAACACUUGAAGUAUUACAAGAGGAUGAAGAGUUACCUAAGUCUGGAGUGCUUUCUUUACCUUUCAUGGUGCGCGGUUUGAAAAAGAGGAAAGAGGCUGCUGACGAAGAGGCAAAGGUUGCUCUUGAAGAGUAUGAGUCUUCAUUGAAGCAGUUGGAAGAUCAUAGUGGGUUAAGAACUCAUGACCAAGAUGCCUCAAGUGGUAGGAUGGUUUUUGGUGCUACUAGGAAGGUUGUCAAUGAGACAAAGGAGAAGGUCAAAGUUAAUAACUAUUAUGGAAACAGUGACAGUGAAAAUGAUGAUGACCCCAAAGAUGAUUAUGUUAUUGAACACAAACAAGCUGAUAAAAAUCUAAGAGUGGCAGACGUCGACCAUAAUUUACUUCGAGAAGAGUUUGGGAUUAGUAACAAAUCCCUAUUUAAGAGCUUUCAGGAUUCUGAAGACCCAGAGCCCAAGUCAACUUAUGAGGUUGCAUAUUUAGCUUCUGAUUCAUGGAAGAAGAUAAAACAAUCUUCAGAUGCCACUAAACAGUUAGAAGACGCCAAAUAUGUUCCUAACUCUAAUCUAACACCAGUGGAAGAUAAUCAGCAUAUUGAGCAGGAUAAUGAUGAAGAUUCUGAUAGUGAUGGGGAAAUGGUGGAUGGAAUAUUAUCUUCUGGCCCUAAAUCUACUUAUGAGCUUCCUGGUCAAGCCGAGCUAAUACAACGUGCUUUUGCUGGUGAUGAUGUUGAAGAAGAUUUUGAGAAAGAUAAAGCGGAAAUUUUAAAUGAAGAAAAUCCUGAACCUGAAAAGCCUGUUUUACUUCCUGGAUGGGGCCAAUGGACAAACAUUCAGAAGAAGAAAGGUUUACCUUCAUGGAUGGUGGAAGAGCAUGAGAUGGCAAAAAACAGAAGAGAAGAAUCUCUGAAGAAGAGGAAGGAUGCACGCUUGCAUAAUGUCAUUAUUUCAGAAAAAUUGGAUAAAAAGGCUGAGAAACUGCAUACCAAGACACUGCCAUAUCCGUAUACAUCAAAGGAAGUAUUUGAACAGAGUAUUAGGAUGCCCAUUGGACCAGAAUUUAACCCUGCCACCACCAUUGGAGCUCUUAACCGCCCAGAGGUGGUGAAAAAAUCUGGUGUUAUCAUCAAACCAAUUAAAUUUGAGGAUGUUAGUGUCCAUGCAAGAACGGAAACACAUAAGCCCAGUGCUCGUAAACAGAGAAAGGGGAAAGGUAAAAAUUGAUUCAUGUAGAAGAUAGUGCUGAGGUGUAAAGGCUACAAUAUGUCCGCAGCAGAGCUCGUGUUGUCAAUUGGUUAGUAUUAUUUUGACAUGUUGCAUGACCCUGUAGAUUACUUAUUUAUGAGAUUCUAUUCACGGAAAGUUUUGUACUAUUUAUUUAGUUACACACAAUUAAGUAGCUUUUGUGAUUCCGAUAAAUAUUGUUUGAAUGCCACAGAGAGCAAUUCCAUAAAAUCACAGGAAUGUGCAAUGUAAUGUCCAUAAAAUCACAGGAAUGUGCAAUGUAAUGGCGACAUUAUUGUUGAUGA